AUGUGGUCUACCAACACGUAUCUUCCUCCUGCUCGAGGCUUCUCAGAUCCCACAAAGCCUGUGCCUAAUUUACCCUCUGCGCAAGACUACAAGGAUGACGAUAUUCUCCUCUUUAAUCUCCUAGCUAACAAGCCGCCCACGAUAGAAGAUUUGCGCAAGUACAAAGCUCGCGAUUGGGACAAACUCGAGCAUCUCGAGUCCUUCGUUCGCAUGCGCAAGUCCCAGCACGUGGAUGAGCUCUCAGUUGUUCAUGCCGCCCGAGCGAAAGCGUUUGCGGAACUCGAACGUCAGCUGUUCCUCGCCACCCCCUCUCGGGACACGUCCGAUUCUGAGCUACUCGCCGCAGUAGAAGAGGAGAAAGCGCGCGAGAAAGAGGUCCUAGAUCGGAGGUGGCGCAGGAUAGAACAGAUCGUCAACGAGACCUAUUGGCGGGAGGUACUGGAGAAGGAGAAGAAGAUCGAGCAGAUUAUCGCUGAUCCGCAACCGAAGAACUACCCUCCUGUGCGCGUACCUCGGAGCUGGGAUGAACUGAAGAUGUACCCGGAAUAUAUGAAGCUAGAUCUUGCGAGGCUGCUGUAUCGACAUGCGGAGAAUAAGCUGUUCAAGGCCCAACUUCGGGACAGUAAGUGGCACAAGGAUAAAGAAGUAGCAGAUUUCGACACUGCCAGGGAUUUGUAUAAAAAAGAGAGGGUCUUCAAAGAGUAUCUGGAAAGGAACUACAAGGUUAUCCGGGAUUGGUGACCUAUCCGUGGGAGAUACUCGGGACCAGCAUGAUAACCAUUCCAAAGGAUAUACCUCACGAUGUAUACUACCC